AUGAGUUGGGGAUGGCGAAAGAUUUUAUCUAUUCGUCAUAUCAUUCGGCCUUACAUUUGGUCUUCUAUUCAGAGUGGGUCUCAAACCAAUGUGUGGAGUGAUAUGUGGUGCUCGCUAAGUCCGCUUAGUUCCUUUAUAACUCCUCGGGCUAUUGCUAAUGCUGGUUUUUCGUUACACUCUACAGUCGCAGACGUUAUUGAUCAAAAUGGAAAUUGGAAGUGGCCGCAAGCGUGGUUGGAUCUCUUUCCGGUGUUACUAACGAUCUCGGUUCCGAAUAUUGUCCCUAACUCUAUUGAUCGUUUGGUGUGGAAAGGUUUGGAUGGGAAAACUGGUGAACUCCAAUCGGCUCAGGUGUGGAAUACAAUUCGGAAUAGGGAGAAUCAGGUGAUGUGGUCUAACAUGGUUUGGUUUUCUCAAUGCAUUCUGAGGCACUCAUUUCAUUUGUGGCUAGCGUUUCGAAAUAAAUUAAAAACUCAGGACCGGUUGACAGCUUGGGAAGCAGGGAGUCUUACAAAUUUAAAUUUGAUGUGUUGUCCGCUGUGUUACUCGGAUCGUGAUAGUCGGGAUCAUUUAUUUUUCAGAUGCUCUUUUGCGGAGCAUGUGUGGAGUAAUGUUAAGAUGUUGGUUCAGCUGAGGAGCGUGGAUAAUACUUGGGAAUCGUUAUUAGGCUGGGUGGAUCAACAUUCAAGUUCUAAAAAAGCGGAUUAUGUCAUUUGUAAGUUGUUGAUUGCGGCGUCGUCUUACUACAUCUGGCAAGAGAGGAAUAACAGAAUGUUUAAAAAUCAUAAGAGGACGGUAGCUCAAGUAAUUGUGGUAAUUAAGAACUCGGUUCGAUUGCGUCUCAUGGGAUUCAGGUUUCGGGUGGAUUCAACUAAGAAAAGGAUUUUCAAGUUGUGGAAGAUUGAAGAGAACGAAGAUAAUGUAGCGAAGCCAGGCUAA